AAACCCUGCACUCUGUUUGUAAGGGUUGAGAAUCUCCGGCUGUUGGGCUUUCGACUACAGGGGGGACACCGCAGAGCAAAGUCUCUCUCCACAAACCGUUCGAUAUACUUCUGUCACCACAAUAAUAGCCAGCGUUGCCAUGUAUCAUGGCUGCGGAUGGCUGGCAGAGGUGACUUCAUGAACUCAACAUACGAACCCCGUAUCUGCCAUCCAUAUUGUUAUUGUUAUUGAAACAGUCGCCUAGCAACAUAGGCCACAUCUAUAUAAGACGUAUCGUCCUCGUCCUCCAAACCAUUUACCUUCUCAUCCUCAUCACCCUCAGUCUCAUCCACACACAAGCAUCCCUAAUCGUCUCUUGCUCUGCCUCUGAUCCUUUGUAUCUUCACAAUGGUCAACUUCAAGAACCUCGCUUUCGCCGCGACAGCCCUCUUCGGGCUCGUCAACGCCGCUCCUACUACUGCCAAGGUUGACUCCAGCAAGGUCAUUCCUGGCAAGUACAUCAUCACCCUCAAGUCUGAUAUCGCUGCUGCCGAUGUCGACAGCCAUCUCAGCUGGGUUGAAGAUGUCCACAAGCGUGGGCUGAACAAACGCGCCGAGAAGGGUGUUGAGCGCACCUACAAGGGCAAGUAUGGCUUCCAGGGCUAUGCUGGCUCUUUCGACAAGAGCACCGUUGAGGAGAUCAAGAAGAAUCCUGACGUUGCCAUCGUCGAACAGGACCGUGAGUGGGUCAUCAACUGGGUUGAGGAGGAGGAAGAAGAGGCAAAGACUCUUGCAAAGCGUGCCUUGACUACUCAGAGUGGCGCCCCCUGGGGACUCGGCACUGUCUCUCACCGUUCUAGUGGAUUUACCAGCUACAUCUACGAUACAAACGCUGGUACCAACACCUAUGCCUACGUCGUCGACACUGGUGUUCGAACCACCCAUAAUGAAUUUGAGGGCCGUGCUCAGGCCGUUUAUACUGCCUUCAGUGGUGACAACGCCGAUAGUGUUGGCCACGGUACUCACGUCUCUGGCACCAUUGCCGGCAAGACCUACGGUGUCUCCAAGAAGGCCACCAUCCAAGCUGUCAAGGUCUUCCAGGGCAGCUCUUCUAGCACCUCUAUCAUCCUUGCUGGUUUCAACUGGGCUGCCAACGAUAUCAUCUCCAAGGGCCGAACUGCUCGCUCCGUCGUGAACAUGUCUCUCGGUGGUGGUUACUCUGCUUCUUUCAACAACGCUGUCAACUCUGCUUCCUCAUCUGGUAUCAUCUCUGCCAUUGCUGCUGGAAACGAUGGUGCCAACGCCGCCAACACCUCUCCUGCCUCUGCUACCAGCGCUAUCACCGUCGGUGCUAUCGACAGCAGCUGGGCCAUUGCCUCUUACUCUAACUACGGCACCGUUCUUGACAUCUUUGCUCCCGGUACCGGCGUUCUCUCUGCCUGGUACACUAGCAACAGCGCCACCAACAGCAUUAGCGGUACCUCCAUGGCCACUCCCCACAUUGCUGGUCUUGUCCUCUACGGCAUCUCUGUCAACGGUGUCUCCGGCGUCACUGGCGUCACCAACUGGCUCAAGACCACUGCUACUUCUGGCAAGAUCACUGGCAACCUCCGCAGCUCCCCCAACCUGAUCGGCAACAACGGCAACACUGCUCAGUAAGCACUUGAGCAUCACCAAAAGAGACGAUGAAUGUCUGUUGUGAGAUCUUUGUCCAAGAGGAGGAGGAUGGUUGGGAACGAUGAGUAUAUAUGAGAUUAAGAAUGACUGCAAGGUUAUAAAGGCGGAUAUUGGAGGAAUUUAGGGACACUCUUUGAUUCGAAAGUCGCUGUUCAUAGGCCAUCUGAAUAUACAACUGUACAUAUCGCGAGAUCUUGAGGCCUUGGCUGUCGUGAACGAAAUAUGUGACUUCUCCACUUAAUGUACUAAGACC